UUCUUUAAUAAUUUAACGGCUUAAUAACUAAAAAUGCACUACUUUGCCAUUUAUUGCACUUUUUUUUUUCUUUUAUUUUAAUUAUUGGGUUUGAUUAAUUUUUAAAUUUUAUUUUAUUUUAAAAAAUUAAAAAUAAAAUGCAAUUAUAAUAAGUUACAAAAUUCAAGGUGUUUCUACUUGUUAGUUUCUAAUUUCACACUAUUCCAAAACUUUCUCUGCCCUAUAAAUACCUCUUUUGUCUCCAUAACACUACAUAAGAAAAUCCAACAAUGGAGUUAUUGUCGAAAUCUCCCAAAAAAACUCAAGUGGCUAAUAUAAUUUCAGUGGUGGUAGUACUAGCAUUAGCGAGCCUAAGAGGGGCAGAGAGCAGAAAAGCUAGGAUCUUGGAGUCAUUUGAGUACAAUGCUAUAAAUUGCAGGGCUCAUAGUGCAUCAAUAACAGAUUUUGGAGGAGUUGGAGAUGGCGUAAAAUCAAAUACUAAGGCAUUUCAAGAUGCAAUUAAUCAUCUAAGUCAGUAUUCGUCAGAUGGUGGGUCGCAACUUUUUGUCCCUGCCGGAAAAUGGCUUACCGGUAGUUUCAGCCUUAUCAGUCAUUUCACUCUCUUCCUUCAUCAGGAUGCUGUUCUUCUUGCUUCUCAGGAUUUGAAGGAAUGGCCAUUGCUGAAACCUCUGCCAUCGUACGGCAGAGGAAGGGAUGCAGCCGCCGGAAGGUAUGCCAGUCUUAUAUUUGGAACAAACCUGACUGAUGUUGUUGUUACAGGGAAAAAUGGCACAAUUGAUGGUCAGGGUGCAUUUUGGUGGCAGCAAUUCCACAAGGGCAAGCUCAAAUACACCAGACCUUACUUGAUUGAGAUCAUGUUUUCUGAAAAUAUCCAAAUUUCUAAUCUAACGCUCCUAAAUUCCCCAUCAUGGAACGUUCAUCCUGUUUACAGCAGUAAUAUUCUUGUGCAAGGCAUUACUAUCCUUGCUCCGGUCUCAUCUCCAAACACAGAUGGCAUCAACCCAGAUUCUUGUACAAACACUAAAAUAGAAGACUGUUACAUAGUCUCUGGAGAUGAUUGUGUGGCCGUUAAAAGCGGUUGGGAUGAGUAUGGGAUUGCAUUUGGGAUGCCAACAAAGCAACUAAUCAUCAGACGGCUCACGUGUAUUUCCCCAUACAGUGCUACAAUUGCCUUAGGAAGUGAAAUGUCCGGUGGAAUCCAAGAUGUUAGAGCAGAGGACAUUACAGCCAUUCAUACAGAAUCAGGGGUCAGGAUCAAAACUGCCGUAGGCAGAGGAGGAUUUGUUAAAGACAUAUAUGUAAAGAGAAUGACUAUGCAUACUAUGAAAUGGGUCUUUUGGAUGACCGGAAAUUAUGGGUCACAUGCUGAUAAAAACUAUGACCCAAAUGCAUUGCCGGUUAUUCAAGGGAUUAAUUACAGGGACAUGGUUGCUGAUAAUGUAACCAUGGCUGCAAGGUUGGAAGGGAUCUCCGGCGACCCAUUUAAGGAAAUUUGCAUUUCUAAUGUAACAAUUGGAAUGGCAGCUAAGGCCAAGAAGGUACCAUGGACAUGCACUGAGAUUGCAGGGAUUACAAGUGGGGUUAGUCCUCGACCGUGUGAUUUGUUGCCUGACCAAGGGCCGGAGAAACUGACAGAGUGCGACUUUCCACCUGAGAAUAUACCGAUUGACUCGGUAAAGCUCCAAAAGUGCACUUAUGGGAUGAAUUAAAUUUGAAUUUCUUUUUCUUUUUCUUGGAUAAGCAAAGAUGAGCUCUGCAACAUAAGAGCUCUUAGAGAUUAACGUGCUUUGUCUUCUAUUAAAAAGCAUAGUGUUGAUCUAGACAUGUAGCAUAUAAUUAAACAUGGUUUGGAAUAGUUGUUAUGCAUUAAUGAAAACUAUAUUUCGGCGUUUCAGAAAAA